AUGUCUUCUUUACCAGAAUUAUUAGUACUUUGUAACCCAUUACUGGAUGUUCAAGCUACUGUCCAACCUGAAUAUUUAGCUAAAUAUAACUUAAAAUCCAAUGAUGCUAUCCUUAUCGAAGAUGCUGCAACUGAUCCAAGAAUGAAAAUCUUCGAUGAAAUAGCAGACUUCCCAGACGUCAAGUAUAUCGCCGGUGGUGCUGGUCAAAAUUCUGCGAGAGGUGCUGCUUAUAUCUUAGGUCCAGGUAAAGUUGCUUAUUUCGGCUGUGUAGGUAAAGAUAAAUUCUCAGAAAAAUUGUUGAGUGAAAAUGAAAAAGCUGGUGUUACAUCCUUGUAUCAAGUCGUCCCAGAGAUUGGUACAGGCAAGUGUGCAGCUCUAAUUAAUGGUCACGAUAGAUCUUUGGUCACCGACUUAGGUGCUGCUAACCAUUUCAAACCUGAACAUAUCGAUAAACACUGGAACGCUGUCAUUAACUCGAAAUUGUUCUACAUAGGUGGAUUCCAUUUAACUGUCUCUCCAGAGGCCAUCAUCAAAUUAGGUAAACAUGCCAAGGAGAGUGGUAAACCUUUUGUCUUGAAUUUCUCUGCUCCUUUCAUCCCACAAUUCUUUAACACCGCUUUAACUGAAGUUCUUCCAUAUGCUACUCAUAUCAUUGCCAAUGAAACAGAAGCUGCAGCUUACGCAGAAGCAUUCGGUCUAACCUGUGAUAAAAAUGAUCUAGAAGCUAUUGCUAAAUCUAUAAUUGAAACAGAUCCAACAAAAACAGUCAUUUUCACUCAUGGUUUGGAACCAAUCGUUGCUGUCACUAAAGAUGAUUCUAAAAAGUAUCCUGUUAAACCACUAGAUCAAUCAAAAAUUGUAGACACUAACGGUGCUGGUGAUGCAUUUGCUGCCGGGUUUAUUGCUGGUUUAGUCAAAGGUAAAGAUCUUAAUAUCGCUAUUGACAUGGGUCAAUGGUUGGCAUCUUUAUCUAUCCAAGAAGUUGGUCCAUCUUACCCAGUUGAAAAGUUCCAAUAUCAAUAA